CAGCUCGCUUCGUGUAAAUCCACCGUUUCGCACUUCUUUCGGCGUGUACCCGCAUGCCAUCGGAAGGAUAUAUGCCAAAAUGGUUCCGAGACGGAGUAUAUGAUGAUGAUGAGGGAAAGGUACUGUGGUGCAGCCAAAAAAGCCACAGAUCCAAAAGGAAACGCAAGACUGCUUCCACUUCCCUGAGACCAGUCUUUGCGCUGGCGGAUGAUUCAGCCGCUUUGCCAUGGAACGCUAACCGUCGCGUCGAACAACAAACAAUUGUACGAUAUCAACCAGAAGACUGGACACUUGACUUCAGCUUGGAAGGAAUGACUUCUGCAUCCGAGUUAGAAUUUGAUAUUGAUCUACCGUCACCGGAGCCUUCUGAGAAGAUGUCGGGAUUGUCUUGUUCUUCCGAAAAUUCUGAUAAAUCUAGAUCAAGAAGGAAAGAGGGACGUCCACUAUAUGUCCCCCCAGCUCGUCGCAGAUCUGGGGACUCGAUCGGAAAGGAAGGAGCUUCACAUGACUCGCCAAAGUCUCCUAACAUCGAAAUCGGACCUACACGCAAAAACCAUACGUUGCUUGGAAAACAGGACAACCUUGUUUGCAGUACAAAUAUGCUCGCCAAGCUCUCUGCUGAUACUAAUAACGAUGAACCUUCUUCCGUUCAUGGCGGUGAUGCACAACAGAAGGAAAAGAAACUAAGUGGUGAUGAACUCCUCCCUCGACCACUUCUGGUGAAGGUAAAAGAGGAAAGGAUACAUCCUGAUUCUCCACCGAGCACGUCGGAAAGCAAGUGUCAGAUUGCGGUUGCUUCACCUGUCAAAGCUCCCUCUAUGCGCAAAGGCCUAUGUACCACGAGGUUGAAUGGGCGGAUCGGCCACGCAGAAAGGAAAGAGCAUACGUACGAAAACAUCCGGUCCGAUGUGCACAAUUAUUACAUAGAUUCGCAUUGUCAUCUAGAUUUUAUCUUCAAGAAAUAUGGCUCUGGAGGUCUGGAUGAGUGGCUUCGAUCCGAGCCUGCUAUAAUGCAUGACAAAUUUUUGGGAUGCAUACCAAAUUUUAUCGAACCAAGUUUAUUUGUCAGGGAUGAACGGAAUUCUAAUCUGUAUGAUAUGGACUGGAUAUUGGAACAGUUAAAUAGUAAGUACGUAUUAGGAGCUGCAUAUGGAUGCCAUCCACAUUAUGCGGACACCUAUAGAGAUAGUAUCUAUGACAAGCUCAAUGAACUUCUGGAAGACCGACACCGGUCAAAAAUUCUUGCAAUUGGAGAAUGCGGACUGGACUACAUGAAAAGUGAGGUGGAUUCAUCUGUACAAGUUGAGGUCUUCAACGCACAGUUGGCUCAGGCAAAAAAUUUCGAGGUCCCUCUGGUAAUCCAUUGUCGCUCCGGACCCAGAGGACCUGGCAAUGCCGAAGAUAUUUGUUUGUCUACUAUGAAAGCUAUCGGUCUUCCUCGGUUCCACAAUAUCCACCGGCAUUGUUUCACUGAGAAUUGGGAGGUAGCGCGACGAUGGAUGGAUGCGUUCGACAACGUUUAUUUUGGAUUUACUAACGUUGUAGCAAGUUGGGAGCAAUCCGCUCCCGAUAAAUACGAUGUGUUGAAGCGGCUUCCUCUUAGGCGAAUUUUGCUGGAAACAGACUCACCUUAUUUUCGACCGCGACAGUACAGCCCGUCCAUGACGAAUGAUUGCGACAAAUUUGCGCUGCCACCGAUGGCUGUAAAUGUUGCUUUCAUUAUCGCAAAAGCUAAAAACAUGGAUGUUAAUGAUGUCAUUCGGGAAACAUCACUCAAUGUGAAGCAGAUGUAUUGCAUCAAGACGAAGUUACCUAUUGAUGAACAAUGCUAGUGAUUGUUUGUAAAUAAGUAUUAGCUCCUUUGGUGUCAAAUUUAGCUUUGAUACAUGCGUCAGGUUUUUGCCUUUCCUCUGUUGCAUUCCUUAGUCGAAUUUUCGUCUCUUUGUCUGUUUAAUUGCACUAUAUUUCUUCAUUAUUUGACAUACUUAUAAAAGCAAUUAUAGCUCACAGUAUCACAACUUAGGCAAGCAUAUUGUAAAAUAUUCUCAUUGACUUGGUUCCUUUGAAAACGUUGUUUUUUGGAUGAGCACAAUCAGCUGUUAAUUUCAUAAAAUGGUUCAUCGUUGUUAAUGUCUUCAUAACCAUUUUUUAUUGUUAUAAACAUGCAUUUUUUCGACGAGCGCCAGAUGUUUGAGUACACAGUAAACAAACUGUAAUAUGCAGUGUGGUCGUUCGAUUUUUACAUAGAUUGAAAAAAAAAUUGUUCCGGAUACUUAUCGUUAGUAUGUACGCAUAUGUAGUGUUUAUGUCAGGUUGUAUUUGCUCAGCGAUUUUUUACACGUUCAUUUAUGAUCACGUUUUCCUAGCCUUGGUAAAUGUGGGAGUUUGAUUUUACAUAUUAAAGGAAUCAUG